CCUUGAUUCGUUUGCACCCGUCCCUUCUGGUCACUAAUCAGAUGCCCCUGUCCCCCCUCGAAACCUUAUCUAGCCUAUCCAUUACGGUUUUGCUCGUACCGUAUAUCCCUAUACCAUGGAGUCUCCCCACGUGGCAGCAGCAAUGGUGUCAUGUGGAGCGAGUCCGUGAUGCUAAUUCCCGUAUUUAGAGACCACCGCCACCCCCUCCCCCCAACUAUUUAUGUCUGUCUCUCUCACUGAUCUCACUGUUUGUCCUUCAACAAUGACGAAGCCGCUGAUAGGUAAAUCUGAUGCGCGGAAAUUGGAACGCGGCUCGCGGUAAUCUCCCCGAGCCGUCCAAAAGCCUUCGCUGACGGCAAAAGCGAUCGCAUGCGUAUGCGAACAUAAGAAGAUUAAUUUGAACUUAACCGUUUAUGUUUAUGGCUAAUGUUGUUUAUUUUCGUUUACCAAAUUUGCAUGCUCAGAGCUUUAGUCUUCAAUUCUUUAGUAAGCUUUCAAGAGCCUUUGUUUAUUUUGAAUAGUGCUUAGUGUAGCUUAAUGUGUUGCUAAACUGAUAACGUUCGCUGGAAGGCUUUUAAAUGGUUUAUGCAAUUUUAUGACACUUCCAGCGAUCGUUAUAUAUUAGUUGUGCUUUGUGUUUUCUAUUCGUAAAUGACGUUUUGAUGGCUGUUUUCUGUGUGAUGGCAAAUCUUGUAACAAUUGAAAGUCAUUUUUGAAUAUUAUUGAUUUUUUUAACAAAAUUCUACUAAAUUCAAUAGCUUAUUGUUAUGUUUUAUUUGUAAUUUUAUGUAGCAGUUUUAUCCAUUAAUUUUACUCCGUUGUUUACAUACGUUUAAGUAUCUCUUUAUCUUCUCACAUACUACUCUAUUUCUCUCUCUAUGUCUGUUCUGUCCAUUCCGUUCUCUAUACUUUCUCUCAUCUCUCUGUCUCUUUCUCUAUUUAUAUCUUUCUCUUUUUCUCUCUUUCUAUUCAAUUUCAAAACCACUGCGGUAUACCUCUCUCUCUCAAUCGCAGCUGCAGAUGGCGGCGAUAUCGCCAAUACCGAGGUCGAGCGCGUCAAGCGUGUCGCGGUCGCAAAAGAGCAAAUCAAUGACUACCGUCGAAAGCACAAAGCCGACAGUAAGUUGCAUCGUAACCGAGCGGACAGUUGUGGAGUGUUGAGGCCGUGGUUGCCCCCAAAGGCAAAGCCUCGUCCCGGCGCUAACGUCCUGGCUGAACUGUUAUUGGCACUGCUAGCAACAACAGGCUUAGAUAGCGCGUUAAGAUGACGAACUAAGUAGUCAACUGACUAGGGAUGGGAAGACCAAGACAAGACCUUUUUUUUUUCACAAGCUGGCCCGUAUGUGUGUUUGUGUGACGCUGCAUUAGGAUUGCGCCUGCCGUUUGAAUGUUUUGACGCUCUGUGGACGCAUCUUGAAGAUGCGUUGCAUCUCUCUCUCAAUGCGCUUACAUUACACCGUGUUUGCUAUUUGUUUCUUACUGUUUCUUUUUCAUCUGGUCUUGUCCGAACUGUUAUUUGAGGUUCGUUUUUCUUCUCACCAGCUACCCCCAAGUUGUUGCAAGUGUGCCUGGCUGUUUUACGGCAAAUAAGUGUGUCUGUUUGUGCUUUCUCAUUUAACUUGAAAGUUUGUUGUCCGUUAAAGAGUGUGUGUUUUUAUAACGAAAAAGUCUAGAAUUGCCUGUGGGUUUUUGCAUCCCCGCUUUCGGUUUCGUUCACGUACGCGUACGCUCUGUCUGUCGAAUGGUUUUUGAUUAUUAUUGUUGUGCUGAUGAUGAAGAGUUUUAACUGUGUUUCGUGUCCGUGUUACUUGUUUCUAUUUCUUUCACUCCGUUUUCUUUCUGCCGUUCUGUGUGCUACCUAUUUACCAAACUAUUACUUUCUAUUCUUUCAUACCGAGCUACCACACAAACCGUGUUUUCCGUACGCAUGUUGGCAAGUGUCCUGUGAAUGUUAUGGUAAUCCGGUUCGUAAUGAGGGUGCUGUAAGGAUUAAAUUGUUGUGUUAUACACUGACUGCAUGCUCGAAAUCGACUCUGUUCCUAACUGCUCGAACCAAUCCAACUGCUCGCUCGUUCGUUUGUUCGUUCGUUCGUUCGCUCGCGCUCGCGCUCUGUGCUCGUCCUAGUGGCGCUCUGCCGCAUCGUUCGGAAUGUGCAUAUCGCUCGCUUGCUCUGCUGAUGUUUUUUUCCUUUCGUUUUGUUUAACUUCCUCUUCAUUCUUCUAUUCUAUGGUAUUGUUUUGACGUUUUCUUUCAUUUAAAUUUUGUUUUGUUUUCUUAUCUACUUCUUCUACAUCACUUUCAUGUUUUGAUUGCAUUUCUUGCUUUACGUCGCAUGGGUAAUGAUUCUUGUCAGGAUGUUAUCUGCAUGUUAGCUACUUUAGAAAGACGCACCUUAGACUCACACUUUUGGAAGCACCUCGUGUCUGCACCUCGCUUCCAUGUUAGCUCACGAGUGUGUUUUCGCAUCCUUCACAUCUUCUCACCUGGCGCACCUGCUUGAAAUCUGUACACCACCCCCACCGAUCCCGCCCGCGAGAUUGGAUCACUUUCACCGGACACACCGGGUAGACAGCAGGGGAGACAGCGUGUGACUACGGCGUCGAUCAGCGGCUGCUUAGGGCUCCCCCCAGAAACAAUCGAUCAGUAGGUAGCGAGACCCAACGCACGGACACGGACAGCCGGACUUCGAUAGGAAACCAACCGCCAGGACCAGGCCAACCGGGAGAAGCGCCUUCACUAUGCCGCCCGCUUCGUCAUCGACUCUCACGCACGCUCUAUCUCUCUCUAUCUGUUCUCUAUCCUGCACACCUCACUUCCCCUCUCCAAAUGUCACCAAUCGCGCCCGGUUCCAGUCCCGAUGACGCCGAUCAUCGCGUUCGAGCGGCUGUUCUUUGCCGUGUUCGGCCAGACGUCACCGGACGACAUCAACUCGCAGCGCUCGUCCCGUCCCGAGUGGACGGAGAAUUUGUUCAAGAUAGUAUUUGGCAUUUAUAUGUUAGUCUCCGUAGUAGUGCUCAUUAAUCUUCUUAUCGCUAUGAUGUCGGAUACCUAUCAACGCAUCCAGGCACAAUCGGACAUUGAGUGGAAGUACGGUCUGUCCAAACUGAUCCGCAACAUGCAUCGAACGUCGACGGCACCGUCGCCCAUGAAUCUCGUCACCACCUGGUUCGUGUGGAUCGUGGAGAAAGUGCGGGCACGUAUAGUGAAGAAGAAACGACCGUCGCUGGUGCAGAUGAUGAAUCUACACCGUGGGCAGCAGAGUCCACGCACCAAAGCCGGCGCCAAAUGGUUGUCGAAAGUGAAGAAAGGUCAGGUGGCUCCUAAAGACUCGACAGCGCUUUCCGUUAUGCAUCUGUCUCCUCUUGGCUCGCAAGUCAGUUUCACCACUGUCAAUACGACCCGAAUCGAGAACGUUGCCGACUGGGAAGCGAUCUCGAAGAAGUACCGUGCACUGGUCGGCCACGACUCGGAGGACGGCGGCUCGAUGAAGGACUCCGAGGGCGAUAACCACUCAACCAACAAUGGGCCCGGCGGUGGCGGCGGCGGCAACGAUCAGAUGGGUAACAAUGUGAACGCCAACAAGGUGUAAAAUGGACGCGGCCGCCCAAGCGGCACUGCUACAGAAACUGCCAACUCCGGACUGCGACCGUGGGUGUGCAGACACACCGGUGUAGAACGACCACAACACGACAAAAUCGAAUGUCACUCGUGCUGCCAGCGGAAUGAGGCGCAUACGCCCAGUAGGGGAAGGCGCAGUUAGAUAGAGUAGAUUGUAGGCAGAUUGCAUGCAGGGUGGAGGCAAGGCGUUCAAAUUUUGCUGUAGAUAGAUAGCAAAACUGUACCAUUUGGACACGUUUUGUCCGUGACGGAAGAAGAGCGGGAGAUUGUAUAUAUAUAUAGGGCAGAAAGUUGAUUUUUUUUUGUAUUAUCACCAACGUGUAUAAUAAGCUCCUGUAAAGUAUCGUUUCUGUACCAUAUGCUCGUUCAGUUUGCUGUGUGUUCUAUAGCUAUACACUGUGGUGUCCGAUAAGAGAAAACUUCGCUAGAUACAGUAGGCUAUGCGGUAAAACUACUACGAACUUGCACUCACAGACACGCGAGUGAGUGGAGGAUGAAGGAUGCUUCUGGAUGGGAGUCUGUCCCCUUCCGAUGGGUUGUGUUUAUUCGAUGUAGAUAAUUAUUAUCAUGGCACAACGAAUGAAUUUUUAACUGUCAAGUUUCGUGAUGAGAUAAAGGGUAAGGUUUGUUUUUGUAAAAAAAAAAUCUCAAACGACCCAAAAGGUGCACGGUCAUACCUGGUCGAAUGUUGUAAGCGGAUUAUUAUUUGAAAAGAGAUGGAAAAUAUAUUUUCUAAAAUUGUA